CACAUCUCACAAUAAACACAUUUCAAAAAUAUUAAAUAUAUGCUAAAACUAAAAAUUGUUUUAUAUAAAUGAUAUUUGAAAAAUCUACGAAUAGGUUAUUAAGGUAUUCUAUAUGUACGUAUAAAUCAUCUACAAUCUGAUUUACAUUGUAAUCUAUGCUAGUAGUAAUGGCAUGUUCAACAUAACCUAUAAAACUCUAUUAAAUUAUGUUCGAAAAAAAAUAACGUUAAAAUUAUAUAUUUUUUAAUUUUUUAACUUACUUUCACUUAAAAUAUUACAAUUCAUAAUGAAAACACAAAAUUGGAAAGAAUUAGAGUUGCCUUUAAGUGAUUCUGUAUUAAAAACCAUUGAAAAGUUGAACUUUCCUUAUAUGACACCCGUGCAGGCAGCUUCCAUACCAUUACUACUAAAAGGAAAAGAUGUUGCUGCAGAAGCAGUAACAGGGAGUGGAAAAACAAUUGCGUUUUUAGUUCCACUCUUAGAGAUAUUACAGAAAAGAAAUGAGAAAUGGAAACCUAUAGAAAUUGGAGCAAUAAUAAUCAGUCCUACAAGAGAAUUGGCUAUCCAAAUAAAUGAAGUUUUACAAAAGUUUCUGGACAAUAUACCAGAUUUAAAACAAGUAUUACUUGUUGGUGGUACAACAAUUGCAGAAGAUGCAGAUAGACUUAAGGCUGGAGCAAAUAUUAUUGUGGCCACACCUGGUCGAUUAGAAGAUAUGUUGUCUAAUUGUAAAAGUAUAAACUUGACAGCAUAUGUAAAAUCUUUGGAAGUACUGAUCUUAGAUGAAGCUGACAGACUAUUAGAUCUAGGUUUUUCUGCAACGUUAGAUACAAUAUUAUCUUAUUUACCACGUCUCAGAAGAACGGGUUUAUUUUCUGCAACUCAAACAAAGGAAUUGCAGCAGUUAAUAAGAGCUGGACUUAGAAACCCAGCUCUGAUAACUGUUAAAGAAAAACCAAAUAUUUCUACACCUUCGAAUUUAAUAAAUAAUUAUGUCAUUGUAAAUGCUGAAUAUAAAUUAUCUAUAAUGAUAGAUUUUAUUCAGCGUAAAGGGACUAAUUUAAAAUAUAUGAUUUUUUUAUCUACUUGUGCUUGUGUUGAUUAUUUUAGUCAUGUUACACAAACAAUGUUGCCGACUAUUCAAGUAUUUGCAAUUCAUGGCAAAAUGAAAAACAAGCGGUACAAAGUAUUCAACGAUUUUCGAUCUGUUGAAAGUGGGAUUUUAAUUUGUACAGAUGUAAUGGCUCGUGGUAUUGACAUUUCAGAAGUUGAUUGGGUAUUACAGUAUGAUCCUCCAUGUUCAGCAAGUAGUUUUGUUCAUAGAUGUGGUAGAACUGCUAGAAUAGGUAACGAAGGAAAUGCAUUGUUAUUUCUCUUAAAAACAGAAGAUGCAUACGUAGAAUUUAUUAAAAGAAAUCAAAAAGUAGAUCUACAGCAAAUAGUUUUAGAUCCAUCCAUUAUUUCAUACAAAAAGUGUUUAAUGUGUAUGAGAAAUUUACAAAAACAAGAUCGCUCUCUUUUUGACAAGGCCAACAGAGCAUUUGUAUCAUAUGUCCAGGCAUACAAUAAGCAUGAAUGUAAUUUAAUAUUAAGAUUGAAAGAUAUUGAUCUAGGAAAGCUUGCAAUGGGUUUUGGGUUAUUACGAAUGCCUCGUAUGCCAGAACUUAAAGGAAAAGAUAUGUCAAAUUUUCAAGAAGAAGAUACUGAUAUCAAUUCAAUUACAUAUUCAGAUAAACAAAAAGAAAAAAGUCGUUUAGAAAAAUUAAAGAUUUUUCGAGACACCGGAGUAUGGCCUAAGGCACAGAAACGUAAAUGUAAACAAACUGAACCAUGGUCUGAAAAUAAAAAAAAGAAAAUGGAAAAGCAAGAAAACCGUAAAAAAAGGAAAGAGAAACAGAUGAAGCAGAAGAUGUCAGGAAACUCAACAAAAAAGCGAAAAAGAAAGAUGAAUGAACAAGAUAUCAAAGAUUUAGCAAAAGACAUAGCAUUAAUUAAAAAGUUAAAAAAGAAAAAGAUUUCACAAGAAGAAUUUGAUACCGCUUUUGGAACUGAUUGAAAAAUUUAAUAGAUAUAGCAAAAGGUAAACAAUACAUGCUGAAGUUAUAUUCAAAUGAGCCUUUUUUGUAUAUAUUCAGUAUACAGAUAAAGAAGCAUGUAUAUAUUAUAGAAUUCUUCAAACAUUUAUAUUAUUUUCAUGUAUAGUUUAUUUAUUGAUAGUACUACUCAAAUUAUAACAAAUCUUCUCUGUUAAAAUAAGUAUAUUUUAAUUUUCUUUACAAUAAAAAUUUUUUAUAAAA